AUGUGGGAUGAGGAUUUGAGGGACAGCAUCAGCUCCUCCUCAUAUUCAUCCUCCAACCAGCAAACCAAGAAACACCCGCAAGAUGAUAGUAAAGUCAGAAUGAGCAAAAACUUCAAACCAGUGUCAACAGGAUUUAGAAGUGCUUGUCCCAAAGGUGGUAACAUCUAUGAAUGGAGAUCCACCAUUCUCAGGCCUCCAGGAUCCAUGUUUGAGGGUGGUGUAUUCUUCCUUAAUACCACCUUUACACCAGAAUACCCCUUCAAGUCUCCAAAGGUUACAUUUUGGACCAGAAUCUAUCACUGUAAUAUUAACAGUCAAGGAGUUAUUUGCUUCGACAUAUUAGAAGAUAAUUGGAGUCCAGCACCAAUCAUUUCUAAAGUUCUUCUCUCUAUCUGCUCCCUUCUUACAGACUGUAAUCCUGCUGACCCUUUCGGGGGGAAAUAUUGCCACUGA